AUGCGUGAAUCUUCUCCUCUCUCCAUUCAGAGUCAGGACAUGGAGCUCUCUUUUCAGGUCAGCGUCGCAGGUGUACGGAUCUCAAACUUCGAUCCUGCAAAGACUUCAAGCAGCGAGGCCGUAGCUAGGUACAUUUCAGACGUGGAGAAAAAGAAUGACUUGGAGGAAGGGACCUUAAGAGACGCAAUAAUAGCAAGCACUCCAUUUGGCACCAGGCUCUGGGAGACAACCAAAACUGGUUCCUUCGUCCCCCAGCCCGCCCCUCUGAAUAUGCGCUUGGAGGAUGCAUUCGGAAAUGAGGGUGGUACAUACCUUCUCGAGGUCAAACCGGAGUUUUUGAAGUACUUUCUAGUUGGCAGUCCUGCAUCCGUCAGGAAAAAGAACAAGAACAAGAAAAAGAAAAAAACCAAGAGGGCUGAUGAGAAUGGUAAGGUCUUUGUUUGCAUAUUUGAGGUGUCCCGGAUUUAUCAUUUCCAGCUGACGAAUCUGCGACAAACGUUGUUGAAGAGCCAAUUGACCCUACUGGUCUAG